AUGAAGCUGUCGUCAGUUACAGCCCUCGCGAGUUAUGCGAUUCACGGAGCCCUUGCCGUAACCGAAGCUAGAGGAAGCAACUACAACGACACAGAAAGCACAAAUGGCCUCAUUUCAGUCACCCAAACCCAAGUCCCUGCGCGCAAUGUGCGUUCUGAAUCUCUCGCAGAGCCUUUGUCUUCUCUCAACCCAGACGAGAUGGACGAACGCAACACGACCGUUGCAUCCACUGGCCAACCGAGACACUUUGCCCGCUAUACCGAACCACGCACAGAACACUUGUCUUCAAUCAGACAAGAAGACGUCCUCCAAGAAAUUCACGCCAAAGCACACCCCGAGUUCAUUUCUACCACCAACACCACCACCGAGCGAGAAGAAAAUAAGCGAGACGUCCAAGCCAUUCGGACUUUAUUCAUCACCCCCACACCUUCAACAUUAACAAUCACUCCCACCCCUUCCGAUUCCGAUUCCGAUUCCACUCUCACCUACACUCUCCCAGCAACCACCCAAAACAUCACCAUCACCCCCACCGCCACCCCGACCCCCCAAAAAUUCUACAAACAACAACAACUCCUCACCGAAACCUGUCAACCCGACUACGUCGAACGAUGUCGUCUCCUCCCCAACACCGCCUGGUGGCCCGCCGGAGGCAAAGAAUGUUUUUGUAUUUUAGAAUCGCACGCUCCACCUCUUCCUCAAAUUCCCCAAGGGGAUGAAGAGCUUUGGAAGAAUUUUAUUAAAAUUCGCCAUGUUCCUUUGCCGGUGCAGGCGACGAUUUUGCCUGAUGGGAGGAGAGAGGGGACGCCGGAGAAGGCGUGGUGGAUUUGGGCUCAUCGGGAGAAGAGUUGGUGGGAGGAAGAGCAGGGAGGGGGGAGUUAG